UCCUCCAGGUCAUCAUGCCAUGGAAAAUGAGGCGUGUGGUUUCUGUCUCUAUAACAAUGUGGCAAUAGGAGCAAUGCACGCGCUGAAUAGAUUGGACUAUAAUCGGAUUUUGAUCGUGGAUUGGGACGUGCACCACGGGCAAGCUACUCAGUAUAUGUUCUAUGAUGAUCCCAGAGUCUUGUAUAUUUCAAUUCAUCGAUAUGAUGAACAGAAAUUUUGGCCCAAUCUUCGAGAGUCCAAUUUUGAUUUUAUCGGAAGCGGGCGGGGACGGGGUUACAAUGUGAACAUCCCACUGAAUACGAAAGAUGUUGGAGAUUCGGAUUAUUUGGCCAUUUUCCACCAACUCAUUCUACCGAUCGCUUAUGAGGGUGAACUUCAAAUCAGCCCGGCGUUGUUCGCACACUUGACUCAUAUGUUAAUGUGUCUGGCAGAAGGCAAACUGGUCAUUGCACUCGAAGGUGGGUACUACAAAGAUUCGCUGGCCGAGAGUGUGGCGCACACAGUAUCUGCGUUACUGGGAGACCCGAUGCCUUCGUUGGACCCGUUGACGGAAGUGCAUCCCAGUGUUCGGAAAUCGAUCGCUGAUUGUGUCUCCGUCCUGCGCUAUCGCUGGAGAUCAUUGCACCUGUUUCAACUGGCUGAACUCAUCCCGGCACCGGAAUUGAAGUAUAUACCCGAGCGAAGUUGGGAAGAUGUGAAAGUUCCUCUUUUGGAACCGGAAAAUCAUACACAUACACCGGAGGUUGAACAACAGAUUGCGGACAAACUGGGACAGUUGAAACGGACACAUCCGGUCUCCCGAAAUGCAGUGAUUCCAAGGUCAGUCAACGUUCUAACAGUUGUGUGUGUCUGCAUUUUGGAUUGGUUCACCUCAAUCGGGUGGACGACGGUCCGCUUUCCAUGA